UUCUUCCUGUAAAAAAACAGAACAACUCACCAAUGGAACAUCUUAGUUUCCCAUCCAGCAGCCAGCACACCACUUAGCAGUGCCAUGUAUAUUUUAUUAACCUUCCGAUAACUAUUUAGGCUUUUUCUUCUCUUCCUUUUUCAAUUUAUGCCUCUCUGUGUUAUUAGCAAAAUACUAAGCCAAAUAACUGCACAAAAUUAACAUUUCGCUUUAAUUUACUUCAGCUUCGUAAGUUUCCUCCUUUCUUUCUUUCUUUCUUUCGUAUUUUUACUUUCUUCUUCUUCAUCAUUUUCUCCUCAACUUUAUAUCUUGUCGCAAUUUUCUUGAAAAACCGAAACAAAACAAACUUUUUCUUCUCUCACUCUUACACUUUAUAAAACUCUGCAGUCGCUCGCUCUCUCUCUCUCUCUACCUUCAUUCAUGCACCCUUGAUGUUCUAACACAUUGUUUUCUAUUUAAAUGUAUCUUGUCGCUUUCCUUAUUUAAUGCAUCCGUCUUCUUCCUAGCAGCAGAUAUUUCGCCUGUCUUCUUCUGACUUAUUACAUACAUUAACUUCUUCCACUCAGCACCAACAAAUGCACGCACAUAUUCCCUCUCUUCCUGUCCGGUCCUAGCAUUUCGUUAUUCUAUAUCCCUUACCUCAACUCUAUCUAAUCCUCCUUUUCGUCUCGAUUCUACUUCUUAUUUUUCUUCUAUUAUAUCUGCUUGCUUUUCUUAUCUUUCUCACGCAUCGGCCUUGCCUGUUAUUUUUCCUUCAUUCUCCUCCAUCAUAAUUUCAUUUUACCUUCUCUUUCGCACAUUUCUAGUUUGCUUUUUUUUCUUCUUCCCCCCUCUUUUCUUUCGCUCCUUAUUUUCCAUAACAUCUAAUGCCUACUCUGUGUAAACCGUCCGACACUAGUUGCACAUCUCUUUUUCACAUGGCUGUGUGCGCGACAACAUGACGUCCGUAAGAUUUUUCGCCGAGUUAGCUGCAACUACUGCAGGACCUGCAAGCAAUGCUCUCAGUACUCGACGUGCUUCAAUAGCAGCCAGGAGGGCCUCUGAAGUAAUCGGUGAAGGAGGAUUUGAACACCCUAUACAUCACUCAAGUUACUCAACUUCCUACUUGUCUGCUUUUGAUGACGUCUCCAGUAAUUUGAUGGACAGCAUUAUCGGAUCAGUUGGUCGGUUAGGCAAAGUAAAAGUACGAAAUGAUGAUGACUUGAUUGACCGAAUGAAUCACCUGUAUACUACGGGAAUUUUAAUAAUAUUUACAGUAGUGGUCAGUGCAAGACAGUAUGUUGGUGAUCCAAUCCGAUGUUGGUGCCCAGCCCAGUUUACAUCAGCGCAUGUUGAGUAUACCAAUAAUGUGUGCUGGAUUUCAAACACUUAUUAUGUUGAUAUGCAGGAUCAGAUUCCGGUGGCACACAAUAAACGCAAAGAAAAGGAACUAGGCUACUACCAGUGGGUCCCAGUUGUCUUAUUACUGCAGGCUCUUUUAUUUUAUCUUCCAUGCAUUAUAUGGCGCCUGUUAAACGGACAAUCUGGGAUCAACGUAGAUCGCAUUGUGAGUGUUGCCAGUGAUGCUCAAUACGAAAGUCCAGAAAACCGAACCCGUAACAUAAAAUAUGUUGUAAGACAUAUGGACAGAUGCCUGGACAACCAAAGAGAAACGCGACAUUCGUGUUGUGUUAGACUGCGGCACAUUCUUUCAGCAAACCUUUCUUUAUUAUGUGGUCGUCGUUAUGGCAACUAUCUUGUGGCUGUGUAUUUUUUAGUAAAGAUAUUCUACAUUGCUAAUGUAAUUGGCCAACUCUUCCUGUUAGACUCAUUCCUUGGGUCAGGCUACCGUAUUUACGGUUGGCAAGUUCUUGAGGACCUAGUUGAGGGAAACGACUGGACGGCCUCCCGUCGUUUCCCACGUGUAACAUUAUGUGACUUUGAGAUUCGUCAGCUUCCAAAUUUGAAUCGCUAUACCGUCCAAUGCGUGCUUCCAAUAAACCUUUUCAAUGAGAAAAUAUAUAUAUUCCUCUGGUUCUGGCUAGUCUUUGUAUCCAUGCUUUCUUGCUACAGUUUUGCUACAUGGAUUUUUCACAUGAUUUUUCCAACCACUCGUAUACAAUAUGUACGGAAAUUUCUCAAAAUCAUGGAUCGAAUAGGCUCAACACCAGAUAAAAAGUUAGCUAAUCGCUUCACGGUUGAGUACUUACGGCAUGAUGGUGUGUUUACAUUACGGUUAAUAGGUAAAAAUUCUAGUGACAUUGUUGUUGCUGAAAUUGUUUCUGGACUCUGGGAUAUGUACCGAAGUAAAAAAUCAAUACAAAUACGAAGCAAUGGACAUGAUACAGAAGGUGAAGAUGUAUAGCAGUACUUCAUAGAUUAGAUAAAAUAUCAUAGGAAUAUAUAUUAUACAUAGGCUCAUUUUUCCACUUUGAAAUAUAUUUGUAUAAUAUUACAUUUUUCUGUAUGCAAGUGUGCGUGUGUGUAAAUAUUUGAAAGAAUAUGCAUCCAUAACUAUCUGGAGAAGAAACCAUUUACAGAAAGCAUUGUGAUUAUAAAAUGUUGACUUGAAAUGAAAUCAAAAUGAACCUGGGAAAUGAGAGAGAAAAGAAUAAAAGAAAAAAAAAUUGCCAAAAUUUUAUGCAGUUGGAAAAAAAAAAAAAAAAUCCAACAUUGCCUUUAAACAUUCUUCCAUUGUUAAUGAAUUUCAAACUCUCAGGUCAGUGUGCCUCAAGGUAUAUUUAGUAACUGUUGUCUUUUCACAUUAUCAUCUAAAAUGAUGGCUGAAACCAAGUCUGUUGGGUUAAAGGCAGUUAGAAAUAUUUCACAUACAUUCUAAAGACAUCAAAUAAGGGAAAGAAAAAAAAUCUCAAAAUUUCAAAAUAACAAAACAGAAGUAAAUAAAAAUUAAAAAAAAAAAACAUAUUAAGAUAAGUCUAAUUUUUUCCUCAUGGGUAUUUAUAUUCUAUGAAUACAAAUACACAGUGUGUGUAUAUAUGUGUGUAUGCAUGUGUAUUUAUAUGUUUGUAAAAGAAAAUUGGUAUACUAAUUGCAAUUGAAAAAAAAUAUUACUUUUUAUUGGUUAUAUUUUGUGAAUGUUUUCUAAGAUGGUUAAUUGAUUAGUUGACUGAUUGGCUUGACAAUAGGUUGUGUAGCUGUAAUCUAAGCAUUCCUUGACAUCCAGGAUCUCUCUUUGACUCAUAAGUUGCUCUGAAAUAUAUAAAUCUCUACUUAGAAUCAUAGAAGAGAAACAGUGCCACAGUGUAAGCAGUAUGGGUAACAGUUGCCAAAAUUUAAAGUAGUUGGGGGAAAAGAAAUUAUUGACAUUAUGAUAAAAAAAACAAUCUUUACAAAAAAAAAAAAUUUUAAAGCAUCUA